AUGUGCCACCACUGCGCAGAGAUCCUCCAGGCCCUACCAGCAAUCUCAAACCCAGGUCACUGCCCACCAGAUGAUAACUUAACCCUAACUCACCACCGUUUGGAAAAAAACCAUCAGGCGCGCCUCACCCGCGACCGCAUUACUUUCAACCCCACCAUGAUGCUCAAGACAUCUCUUGCUGAAGUCUUCAGAGUUUUUGCGAACAUCGAUGCUAAACAGAUCUCCCUGGCCUAUCGGCUUGCAGCGCCUGCCCCGGGUGUUAAUCUGGAGGAUGAGCACAUAACCCUGUACACGGAUGGCUCAUGUGAGGACAACGGGAAACUCACCGCUCGCACAGGAGCUGGCAUUUUUGUUGCACCUAACCACCCCCUCAAUCGGGCACUCCGUGUCCCCGGCCCUCUCCAGUCUAACCAAGUUGGAGAACUGGCCGCUAUUAUUGUGGCGCUCCAACUGGUUGAUUGCUUUGCCCCUGUGACAAUCAUAUCCGACUCCCUGUAUGCCAUUGAAGGACUCACCUCCCACCUGGGCAACUGGGAGGAUAAGGGCUGGAUUAAUGUCUCGAAUGCCCCAUUCUUCCAAGCCGCAGCUUACCAACUCCGUCUGCAGCCACACACUUCCAGUGGAUAA